UUGAUCUAACUCUCUUGCUCGAUCUACAUCUCUUUCUCACCCACUCUGUAUUUUUUUGAAUUUAUCGAUUAGGCUAUUUUGAAUGAUUUUUCAGAGAAUAGAUUAGGGUUUUCUUAGGAUUUGGUUGGUUUUGUUGCUCUUUUGGUUGAAUAUUGGCUGCUUUGUGUGCUUUCGAUGUGGUUUGUUGGGUUAUGCUAGUAAAGUCAUAUAGGUGUAUAUAUGUGUUGUCAGAUCUACCUUCCUUGCUAUUGUUGCUAAUAUCAUAGUAAUAAACAUAUAUGUGAGAGAAUUAGGCAUUUGUUGCUCAUCUGGUGUAGGAUCCGAAGCAUUCGUGUGGCCCUUGUGUCUUUCUCUCCACCUCUCUGGUUUGGGUCUUAAGAUAUUGCAUGGUUUCCCCACCUAAGAUAUGAUUUGGUCUACUUAUUUUCAAACUCUGUUUUGUUGUUCUGACAGUGUACGUGAUUGAGUGAAAGGGUUCAGUGUUUGUGGCUCAGGAGUGGUGUUGUAUUUGGACAUUUGGUGCCUCUUGAAAGGUUAUUUCCUAACUAAGUAUUACUAUUUAGUAAUAGUUGCAUUGAUUAAAAAUGAUUGAUAAAAGUUGGAUAGAUGAACCACAAAAUAGUGUUGCAUAUAAAAAUGGUGUAAUUCAAUUUCUUGACUUUGCUUUUCUAAAUAUUCCGCAAAAUGGAAAAAUUUUAUGCCCUUGCAAAUCUUGUGUUAAUAGUUAUAGAAAAUAUAGAAAUGAAGUGUAUGAUGACUUGAUUUGUAAUGGAAUUUUGAUAGGGUACAAAACUUGGUUUUGUCAUGGUGAGAGAGAUACAUCUAAUACUGCAUCUCAAGUUGGUGGUACCACUAUUGAGUCGACAUCACACACACACAUUCCAAUUAGAAACAUGGUAGAUGAUUUGUUACGUUACAAUUAUGGUCCUACAGAAAUGAAUAAUGAAAAUGCACAAGAACCAAUUAUUGGAAUACUUAUAUGUCAAAUUUCAAUGAAACACCAAACUUCGAAAGUAAUAAAUAUUACGAUCUACUUAGAGAUUGUAAUGACGAGUUGUACCCAGGGUGUACGACAUAUUCAAAGCUUGAAUUUAUUGUAGAGCUUUAUCAUACUAAAACUAUUAGUUCGUGGAGUAAUAACUCGUUUGAUAGAUUACUGAAAAUAUUGAAAAGAUUAGUUCCAGGGAUUAAAAUACCUGACUCAUACUACGAAACUAGAAAGCUCACUAAUGAUUUAGGUUUUAAAUAUGAAAAGAUUCAUGCAUGCCCAAAUGAUUGUAUGUUGUAUUUCAAAGAUAAAAAAAGUGUGAAUCAUGUUCAGUUUGUGGUAUGUCUAGAUGGGCACCCGAAGAUAGCACAACUUCUAGGACUAAAAAGAAGAAAAGAAAACCAGCAAAAAUAGUGCGUUAUUUUCCACUUAAAAACAUGUUGCAGCAAUGGUUUAUGUCUUCUAAAACAGCUGAGGAUAUGAGAUGGCAUGAUAAAGGUCGCACUUAUAAAGAUGGUUUGUUGAGGCACCCCGAUGAUUCUGAAUCGUGGAAAGCCUUUGACUCACAACAUCCAGAUUUUACUGCCGAACCUCGUAAUAUUAGAUUAGGGUUAGCUAGUGAUGGUUUUAAUCCAUUUGGUAAUAUGAGCAGUUCUUAUAGCACAUGGCCAGCGAUGUUAAUUAUUUAUAAUUUGCCUCCAUGGAUGUGUAUGAAACAAACAUACAUUAUAUUGUCAACUCUUAUACCUGGCCCAAAAAUGCCAGGUAAUGACAUUGAUAUUUAUUUACAACCAUUAAUUGAAGAUUUGAAUGAGUUGUGGGAUGUUGAUAUUGAUACAUUUGACGCCUCAACGAAACAGUUUUUUCAUUUGCAUGCAGCUUUGAUGUGGACAAUUAGUGACUUUCCAGGGUACGAUAACUUGUUUGGGUGGAAUACCCACUCACGACUUGCAUGCCCAUCUUGUACUUACGACACUGAUUCUAGGCGGCUUAAACACAGUAAAAAAUUUUGUUUCUUAGGAUCAAGACGAUGGUUACCAAAAGCUCACAAUUUUAGGUAUGAUGCAUGAUCUUUUGUUGGAGGGACUGAACUUAGGCCAAUGCCUAUUCCACCAUCAGGUUCAUUAGUUUUAGAUCAAGUGAAGGAACUAGAUGUUGUUUUAGGGAAGAAACCACCUAGUUUAGGUCGAAAAAGAAAGCAACCUACCGAAAGUGGAUCGACAAGUAAACCUUCUGUUCAAUAUUGGAGGAAAAAAAACAUUUUUUUCAACCUCCCGUAUUGGGAAAAAAACAUUAUUCAUCACAAUUUAGAUGUGAUGCAUAUAGAGAAGAAUGUGUGUGAUAAUGUACUAGGUACACUAUUGAAUGAUCCAAUGAAAACAAAAGAUCAUUUGAAAGCACGCAAGGAUUUGAGGGAUUUAAAUAUAAGGCCUGAACUUUGGCCACAACUGCGUGGGUCAAGUAGAACAUAUUUACCCCCGGCUUGUUUCACAUUGUCGAAUGAGGAAAAAGUUUUAGUUUGUAAACUUUUAAAGAAUGUAAAAGUACCUGAUGGUUUUGCUUCAAACAUCUCUCGGUGUGUUGACAUCAAACACCAAAAGAUUUCAGGUCUUAAAAGUCAUGAUUGUCACAUUAUUAUGGAGCAACUACUACCCUUAGCCAUACGAGUAGUAUUACCAUACAGAGUCAGUUGUGUUAUCAUUGAAUUUUCUUGUUUUUUUAAAGAAUUAUGUUCUAAAGUACUUCAGGUGGAUGAGCUUGAAACUUUGCAAAAUCGAAUAGUACACAUGCUUUGUCAAAUGGAGAGAAUAUUUCCUCCAUCUUUUUUUACUGUCAUGGUGCAUUUAGUGAUUCAUUUAGCGGAUGAAGCAAAAAAGGGUGGGCCUGUACACCAUUGGUGGAUGUACCCCAUAGAAAGGUAUCUUGGCCACUUAAAGUCUUAUGUACGUAAUAGAGCUCGAGCUCAUCCCAAGGGCUCUAUAGCAGAAGGCUAUAUUGCCGAUGAAUGUCUAACAUUUUGUUCUAGGUAUCUAGAUGGUGUAGAAACAAGAUUUAAUAGACCAAGACGAGUGCACGAUAAUAAUGAUUUAGAAUCACCUCAAGGAUCUUCAUGGUUCCCUACAUUAGGACAACCAAAUGGUGGUUCAAAAUCUGAAAUUUUAGAUGAGAUCUCUAGGAUUCAAGCACAUCGAUACAUUCUAUUCAAUUGUGAAGAGGUCGACAAGUUUCAGAAGCAAUUGAAAUGGCAAGAACAAAAAGGAGCCUCCAAGUUACAAUUUUAACAGAAGAAGAAGCUAGGCUGCAGAGCCAAGCAUCUACAGAGGGUAAUGGUGUGCAAGCUGAAGAACAUGGAGAUUCUCAAGUGCAAUCUCAAUCAGAGAAUGCAAAUCAAGUGGAACUAGACGGCAUCGUU